AAAAGUUUUGUGAUGUUGGCCUGGGUGAUUUUUCUUGUGAUUGCUAAGAUUUGCAAAAUUUUUUCAAGUGCCAAUAAAACGUGCAUCCUUAAAUAUGAACCAAUUUGUGUUUUAUAUGAAGAUUGCGGUUUCACAUUGAAUAGCAAAUGCUUGAUAGACAUACAUAACAAGUUUAACUUAAAUGGAAAUAAUCCACCAAUGAAGACAUUUAUUCCUGGAGCUUGUCCGAAAGAUAAAAAAAAAUGCCCUUACAGUAAAAUUCUUCAAGGACUUAUGUUUCAGUGAUUAAAAGAUGUUAUCCAAUUCAAAA